AACUCUAGAGGAAACAAAUCUCGAUUUGCUCUAAUAAUAUUCAAGACAUUUCAUUUUCGAUUUUCUCUCUCUAUUGACAGUUUUGGACUUCACUGCUGAAAGAAGCUGCCGUUGGUAAUGCAUUCUACUUCUGUUCGUUGGCAUUGAAGGAGGAUCUACAACAUUCCCUACUGUGUACAUCAUCACUGACUCGUGGGAGUGUGAAUGAGACUAUUCAAACUCUUGUCUUUUCACUCAUCAUUUUGCUGUUGUUUAUGAGCUCUGUGGUCCAUUCGUGAUUGUUCUCAUCAAAGAUGAGAUGUUUGAUUACGUGGAAAUACCUCAAAAGAAAAGAAGUCACAAAACCACCUGGGACCUUACAGCCGGAGCAAUACCCUGGUGUUUCAAGAGCUUUUGAAAGUUUUUCAACAGGAUGAUUUCAACACUGCCUGCGAGAUCAGUCAAACUUUGAUGUCGGAACAGAGUAUCACAUCAACAAGCGCUGUAAUCUCCAAAUAAAACAGCCGAGGCUGACUGGGGAUAAAGCCAGAGGGAAUUUCUCGAACGACUCCCAUUUGUCAGUCCGCACACAGUGCCAGUCACAGCAGGGACGCCCAUCGAAGGAGAAGCUACUAGACAGUUUAACCGCAUGAAUCCGGAUGGUUCUUCUUCUCUCUCUCUCUCUUACUUAAUGCAAACUUCAAAAUAAAUCAUGAAUCUCCCCACCGCUCGAGGGGCUUUCGUUCUCGUUCUGCGGUAAAUUGAGUGAAAUGGCAACCGCAAAUGUUCUCCGAAGGGUUUCCAGGGAAUUCAAUUAGGUGAAGUGACCUUACUGAAUCCAAACGUUCAUGGGCAACAUCUCAGUAGAAGCGUUAAGGUCAACAGUGCAUCACUUAAGCAUUUUCUAUUGACAGAGGCAGCUAUAACAUCCAAAUGCAAUAAAAUAGCCUUUAAUUCUCAGUUAACCUGUGGGCUAGGGUUAUUUAUUACGAGUCGUUUAGCCAAGCGCUGAAACCUCAUCUAUCUACAGAUCAUUUGAUUCUGCAGUUGCUCAUUAAUUUAAGCGUAUAGCAUUGUAAGCAAGUCCAACUGCGAGCAAAGCCCAGUAAAUGUGAUUACGGCUUGCAGGGAAUGCAAUAAUAGCUCUUUAUUUUUAUGCUCCAUAACACAGAAUUAUGUGCUGCUUACUGAAAUCAUUCGCCGGUAUAUGAGGACAUCAUCUCGGCUCGAGCUGUCUCUUUGUUUCGUAUUAUUAAUGCAAAGGUCAGAGCUGAAUCCGGAAAAAUUGAGACAAUGCAGAGGUUGCGUGCGUGUGUAUGUGUGUGCGCCCCUGCUAUCGGAUUUAAGAGUGUGCUGUCGAACUGUUUGCUGUUAUGAACCACAAACACUCAUAAGGCCUGGAGAGGCACAAAUCAGAGAUGUUGGGAAGACAGUUUUACUGCUGCAGUAAGUCGCACACAUCAAGCGUGAAGCCAGACCACAGCGCACAAGUUGCUAGGCAACACCUUGAGGUCGCUUCCCACAGCUGCUGUACUGAUUAGUUAAUUGUGACAGUUUGAGAAGAGAGACAAGAAAUGACUGGACAGUAGGACUGGAAGAAAGAGCCGGAAUAUAAACUCGCCAUAUGUUUGAAGCGCUGCCCACGAAGCAAUGAUUGGACAUGUUCUUGACAGUCAAAUUACAAAUACACUCAGUCUAUGCAGACAGAUGAUUUAAUGACCGGUGUUCUAGAGAAGAGCGCAUUAUCCAUGUUAUUUGAAUCAAGACGCUUUCAGCCAGUGGCAGCCAACAGUCCACUCCUGUAAUUUCACCUGAUAAAGGUCUUGCCUGUACAGCAGCAUCGCUCCCUUGAGAAGGUUCUCCAUAGCAACUGGGCUUUGUUACACACAGACAUGUAACUCUGUUCACAAUGAGAACAAAUGAGGGAUAUUCAGACAGCAAACAAGACCAGCGACAGUUCUCCGUCAUUUGAUAUUCACGGUCCAAGUUUAACUCCAGUUAGUGUGACUGAAUCAGAGCACUGAGAAUAACUAAUGGCCAGAUGGAGCGGCGUUGAUCAUCGCAGUCUGUUCGAUUCACAUCACAAAGACAAACUCUGCGCUUUCAAGUAUAAAUUCAUUAAUCAGAUGAAACACAAAUGCUGUCGAUGAAGACAUCUUCACAUACCAUCUCUUGAUUAGAUCGCGGCAGGAUGGCGCUAAUGAAAGCCGUGUCUCAAAGUUGCUCAUGUGCGUAAGACAUUACGCCUGCUGUUUGCUUGACAUUAUUUAUAUAUUUGUGUUAGUAUGCUGUCAUUUUUACCUCACUGUGAGCAGGACCCUUCGUAGGAGGCUAUUAAACCCAAACAUUUGACUUCUCUGAAGCAUUAGGUGGCUUGCAGAUGGUUUAUAAUAUGGACUACUGUGUCCGUGGCGAACUAUUGGCAAUCGAAGCAAUUACCUUCGAAGUCGCUCCGUUGCAAAGUGCAGCAUGGCGGUCCUUUGACUUUUGCCGAGGUUGACCUUUGCUACAAAGAAAUCCAAGCAAGGACUCACCGGUAACCUAAUUAAUAGGAAAUGUCACAGCAGUAAUUACGACCCACGAUGUGAAUCAUCAAGGCUGCAAUGCUACUGUGGGUGAAAAGGGGUGGCUUUGAAGACUUUCUUUUACCUGGCUGUCCAAGAAAACAUAGGUUUGAUAAUUUAAUAUGACAUUUAUCAUUUGACUGUCGCAUAGCAUAACCUCCGGUCUGAUUGGACCACAAGAUGACCAUCACAGGAACUCAGAUAGAUUCAGUCCCUUACAACAACAACAAAAAAGUGAACUACUGAAACAUUCAUGGAUCCAAAAACCAGGGUUUUAUUUAGCACAAAUGUGGAAUAUCAGUGAUGGAUGGACAGAUGAAGCGAGACAGAUGGGCAGAUGUGGCUUCACAGCAGUCUGUUCACAGCGUAUCUAACAAAGCGGAGAGAUGGAUGUAUGCACAAAUUAGCGUAGAGGAUCACAACUCCUGCAAACGACAGGCAGAACAAACCCUCCUUUCCUUGCCAAGCUCAGCUGGAGGGACGUAGCUGAUACCCAUGGUGCUUUAGGUUACAAGAACUUCUGAUAAAUAUUUCAAACCCCUCGGCAAUGACAGCGUGCUCACGAGGAGAUGCAGAGGGGGUAAAAGAAACCUCAGUUUAAGUAAACCUCUCAUGGCUGAUUUUAGAAAUGUGGUAUCCGUCAGCUCUUAAAUUGAAGCAUUGGACGUAAAGUGAAUAGAAUAGGGUCAAAAGGACCCUUCUUCGCCUCUUCAAAACCCUCGUUUUUGAGGAUAAGGGCAUGUCACAACCUGGCAAUCUUGCCUAAAUGAAUUUUCACCAGAAAUGCAGCCUAUGACUUGAUAAGAAAUAGAAAUGAAGAAAUCCUCCUCCAUCGUUAAAGCUGGUUGAAGCAGACAAAUGAGGAGACUCACAGCCCACCUGAAGCCCAGGAGAACGCAGCCCGAUCAGGCUUUCCGGCGGAGAACCCUGAUAAUUAUCAGCCGUCUUCAUGACUGACGUCUGCCUCCUUCCCACUAUUAGGACCAGCGACUUGAAGAAGAAGAAAAACAACAGCGAGGGGUUCCACUAUUUAUGUUCUCGUGGUGCCUAAACAGGGAAUUAAGUCUUCAUUUUCUGGCCUCCUGGUGUGAGAAGUAAUGCUGACGUAGGCUCUGGAGAUCAUAGGCAUGGUGGUGGUUCGUCUGUCGAGCGUCUGCUCUUUGGUGACCUUGUCCGUCUGAGGAAUCUGCGGCUCAGUGGAGCGUUUCUUGGCCGUCUCAUGCUCCAUCAGUCCCUAUGACGGAACACAGCACCAGACUAGACCCGUAUGGCCUCUGGUUUAAGGGUCAAUCAGCACCUAAAGUCACCCUGACGCACUCAAAUGAAAACUCCAGAGAUGUCUCUUUGAUUGGCAAUGUUCACAAGGAUAUAGGUUCAAUCAAAAGGAGGAACAAGGAUCUCCCGCUGAAGCCAGUCAUCAGACACAACAGGGCGAUGGUGCGUUCAGUUGCCAUGGAAAUACAAAACAAUGGUGUGCCAAAAGGUGGCAUUCAUGGGAGGCGCUGUGGUGAGUUAUUUUGGUUGGCCAUUCACAUUUGAGAGGCAUGAAUCAAUCAUUGAAAACCACACUACGCCGUCUCCCUUGUACAUCACUCCUCUGUUCACACUCCUCUUCAAAGGUCACAUAGUGUAUUUCAGACAUGUCUGAGGGACCGAAAAAGGCCAAAUCCAAAUACUCGGCAACACGCAGACUUCUGCUAAAGAGUAAACUGCUGAGAAAGGCAGAAAGUUUGCUUGUGAAAGAAAAAGAGCAGAAAGAUUUGGAGAGAGAAAACACCCUGAGGGAGAAAGCGCCGCCCCUCAAACUCUCCGGCCUGUCCAUCCAAGAACUACAGGAGCUUUGUAGAGAUUUGCACCAGAAGAUUGACGUCGUGGAUGAAGUGCGAUAUGACCUUAACAUAAAAGUUGCCAGAAAUGAUGCAGAGAUUCUCUCAUUAACCCAGAAGAUCUAUGAACUGAAGGGGAAAACGAAGCGGCCGAACCUAAAAAGGGUGAAGAAGUCGGCAGACGCCAUGCUGGGAGCGCUGACGGACUCCAGAGCCAUGAAAUCUGACUUCAAAGCAAACCUCAAAACAGUUAAAAAAGAAGAAGAAAAGAAGGAGGAGGUCACGGACUGGAGGAAAAACGUGGAGGCCAUGUCAGGCAUGGAGGGCAGAAAGAAGCUUUUCAACGCCGGACAGUAGCCCAAAAGAGGUCGCAAAGGAUAAAGGGGCGUCUUGCUGCAAAGCUCAUGUUGUUUGUUUGAAUUUUAAUCACGUUGAACAUUAUUUUAUGGUAAAUUAUUCAUUUAUUUUGUCAGCCAGCUGUGGCUUGCACGCGAUAUUAAAUUGUGAUUUGCUGCGAUUAAAACGUGUGAGCACAGCCCGUAGAGAGGGAUUCGAUAAUAGAACAACCUCAUAUUCAUAUCAUAUCAUAUCAACUGUGUAAAUAUUUGAUUUGUAUUUAGUGUUGAUUGAAACCAAUACGGCUACUGUUUACCCUCGGAUGAAGAGCAUGAUUAUUUUAUGACCUGUUUGUAGUUUACAAACAGAAAAUUGUUAAAUUUUUAAUAAAAGCCUAUUGAGUGAA